ACAAGCCUACCUGUGAUCGUUGCGACGAGAGAACCCUAGAAUUACGGUGCUCGUUGCAGUAGUAGAGCACAAUUGUGUGUACACACACUCUUAGAUUGAAACCUCUCUAGUUGCAGAAAUGGCGGCAGCUUUAGCUUCCAGACUCACCAAAGGACGUUCACUGCUUGGAGGUCUCACCAAUGCUUUCUCUGGUUUGAUGAGUUCAUCGAACGGAAGCAUCCUUUCUCAGCAGCAACAAAGGACGUUCAUUCAAAUGGGAACGACUCUCAAAGUCGUGGAUAACUCUGGUGGAAAAGAGGUGAUGUGCAUUCAAUCUCUAAGGGGAAAGAAAGGAGCAAGACUUGGUGAUAUCGUCAUCGGUUCAGUGAAAGAGGCUGCACAAAAAAAAGAUGUAAAGAAAGGGAAAGAUGACAUACAAAAGGGUAAAGUGAAGAAAGGGAACGUCGUGUACGGUGUGGUUGUUCGUGCUGCUAUGCAGAAGGGGCGUGUUGAUGGAAGCCAAGUCAGGUUCGAUGACAACGCCAUCGUAAUUUUGGGCAUUAAGGAGAAAAAGAAAGAUGAAAAUGGUAAGGAAAAAAAGAAAAAGCAUGCGGGUGGUUUUCACCAACCGCUUGGUACCCGAGUGUUUGGUCCUGUCCCGCACGAGAUGCGCCUCAAGAAGCAGCUCAAGAUCCUUUCUCUGGCUCAGCAUCUUGUUUGAGACUCUACGCACCACCUAUUAUUAUCUCUUUUAUAUUAUGCGACUGUAAUCCAUCCAUCAGAUAGACUUCUGUUUUAUUAAUUAAACUAUUUGACAAUU